UCAAGCCGCCAUAUUGAAAAAGUGCUCUUUCCAAAGUGCAUUAUUUUGCCACAGAAUUUAUCAUUUGAACCAUGCCAGCGGCCGUUUUAAAGGGAGAAAAGGUUGUAAAAGAAGAGGAUAACUAUCCAAGGAUUACGAAGAAAGUGCUAAUUCAACUUUGCAAAGAUCACAAAUUGUACAGAACACCAUAUCUUAAUGAUGUUCUUUACCUUCAUUAUAAAGGGUUUGCAAAGAUAGAAAACCUUGAGGAGUACACAGGCUUAAAAUGCUUAUGGUUGGAAUGUAAUGGAAUUCACAAGAUUGAAAAUCUGGACAAUCAGAAAGAGUUGCGAUGCCUUUACCUGCAGCAGAAUCUCAUAUCAAAGAUAGAGAAUGUGGAACAUCUACAACAGCUGGAUACCCUUAAUGUCAGUAAUAACACCAUUUCCAAAAUUGAAAACAUUGGUGUCAUACCCAAACUUAGCACUCUACAGAUAUCACACAACCGUUUAUCAACUGCUGACGACUUGAGACAUUUGUCAGAAUGUUCUAAUCUGAGUGUUCUCGAUGCUUCCUACAACCGAAUUGAUGACCCUGAUGUCGUGAAAGUCUUCGAAUCCAUGGAAAACCUCCAUGUUCUUAACAUGAUGGGCAACCCGGUCAUUAAGAAGAUCAAGAAUUACCGGAAAGUAUUCAUCAUCAAAAUAAAAGGUCUCAGAUACCUUGAUGACAGACCAGUUUUUCCUAGAGAAAGAGCUUGUGUUGAGGCAUGGGAAAAAGGAGGAGUGGAGGCUGAGCGGCAAGAAAGAGAGAGAUGGAUCACACGAGAACAACAAAAAAUCAUGGACAGUUUUAAUGCAAUGGCGAAGAUAAGGGAACAAAACGAUCUAAUAAGGCAGAAGCAGAAGCUGAAGCAGAAGCAGCAGAUUACAUCAGACGACAAAAACAAUGAAAAUUCUACAGAAAACAGCGAUGGGGGAGGCGAUGAAAGUGAUAUUGAAAUCAGCCACGACACUAAGCGACAACAAACGCAGGCUGACGAAAAACAGGAGCCUGGAAUGGUGUCAAUUGAUGUUAACACGAAAACUGCCGACCCUAGGAAUGAAGGCGACGAUGUUUGUUCGGCUUCAGUACCUGAGACGCCUCCAGUUCAGGAGAUAGAGACUGUCACAAUCGGAUCUUCCGCUGAGAAGCAAGUGCUUGUUGAUCAUGGAAUCUUUAGUGGAUCUCGACAGCAUCAAGUCAAAAGGGCUGGUCCUAUGAUAACAGAAAUAGUUCAAGAUGACGUUGAAACGAUUUCACUGCCAGAGGUUCCAAGAGAGGGGUCAGGUGAUUUCCCUGAUUCCCAAGAGGAUUUGCCUGAGCUGGAGGAAAUAGACAUAAAAGAUCCAUUCUUCAUUCGCAGCUUAAACUCCUCUCAUAUCAAGAGAAAACCACUUAUUGAAGAGAUAGACAGUGAUUUGGAAUCGCAAGAGAGACCGCUUAUUGAAGAAUACCAACAAGAAGAACUCCCUACCAGUGACCAGGAAAAAAACCCACCCGCAAGGAAAUCCUUGAUCGAGGAAAUAGAUGAAAGGUUUGCGCACCUGGAAACAUCGUUAAAGAAGCCAAGUAAACCACUGAUCGAAGAGCUCGACGAGAUGGAUGAUAGGGAAAAUUCAAAGCCACUUAUUGAAGAGAUUUCAUAUGACGAGCAGACACCAGAUGCAGAUACUGCUGGACUGCAAGAACCUGGGCUCCACGCCGAAGCUUGCGCCCAGUCUACAAAUGAUCCAUCUUGGGAGACGCUUCAUAGACUCGCUGAACAAGUUGGAUCGACAAUAGAUCGGCAGCCACUUGAUGUGAGCAAGGAAAAGAAGGCUUUUAUGAAGAGGAUGCAUGACACAAACCUGGGAGACUUGGACUAAAAACAUUUAAAAAAGCCGAGUGUGAAUAGGCUACACUGCGAUAACUGAGUCAUACUUUAUUACGUGAAAAACUACCUUCAUUCCUCAUGGGGACUCGGGAUCAUAUUUUCUUUGUCCCAUGCUCGUAAUAAGACGAAAUCAAAUAUUUCGCUUUUUCUUUACCGGGUUCAAAAGAUACCGUCUUAUCUAUGCGUAAACACGACACUAUCAACAUUGCUGAUCGUAGCAGUAUGCAGAACGUGUGUCAGUCAGAUAUAUACUUCGUAAUGGCCUUGUUCACCAUAGUCUCUGUGGUUCAGUGGUAGAGCAUCGCUGCGCGGGAAUCCGAAGGUCUGAGCUUUGUUUCUUAACUGGAACUCAGAAUUUUUUCUUAGGACUAAGCUCGUGACAAGACGAAAUAAAUCUUUCGCUACCUUUAUCUUGUAAGAUACCACAGAAUAUAAGCGUAGUAAGAUAGAAAAACACAGAAAGAAUAAACUUAGAAGUACCGGUAAGGAUGAAGAAGACUAUAAUGGAUUGGAUGUAAGGGAUUGAAGUUGCUCAAACCACUCCGUGAAGUAGCUUUGUUACAAAUUUGUUCAUUCCUAGAGGGCUGAUGUAGAUGCUUGUGUUAUUGCUUUCGACCAUCUCAUGAGACUUUGUGCGAUUACGCGACAGGUAUUACCAAAGUGUUUUGUGCAUUUGAUACUUGUCUCAAAUGACUACGACAGGUUGUUGGCGCUCAUGGUUUUAAACAUUGACAGUUGUAUGCUAAUGUCACUUCUGGCACGAAGCGCGAUCAACAGCAAUGUUGCAGUCCAUGGUCAUGAGUAUUGUAAAAAUCGUUCUAACGAUCUUUGCUGAGCUUCUCUUUUGUAAUCCUAACAUUGGUUCAAAGAUUUUUUUUCGAUACUACCAAAACUUCGGGAAAGGCCUAAAGGUCUUUUUCUGGCCCCAUUGCAUUUGGUUCGGUUAGAAAUCAUAUAACGCUUGCAUAAUAGCGUCUUUUGAAGCAAGCUGUGAUAAAAAGAAGGAAGUUCUACUUCACAAAUAGGGAUCGAUAGCUGUCUCAUUUGCGGAGUGACCUACCAAUCAAAACAGAUCACCGAAGGAAGUGUUUUUAUUCGUCUGAAGCUUCCCAAUGAGCGUUGAAGAAAUAUUAAAUUUUAAUUGACCGAAGACAAUUUUUCUUCAAGUCUGAUCGAUGGAAGAUGGGCUUUUUCUAAAUUGCAGGUAAACGAAUAAUUUCUAACUUUUUUCAUCUGGUUCAGUAUAUAUCUCCUCGAUCAUUGAUUGCAGAGUCAGUAAUUAGCUACAAAAGGUACGCCAUGAAACUAGGGUUGAAAUGUACGCAGUACGGAAAGUAGAGGUUCUGGGCAGUUCUUUUUAAGAGGGGAGUUAACGUGUGUCUUUCAGAUCACAGAAGAUGCAAACAUUUGCAAUGAAGAAAGGUUUAUUAAUAUUCGCCAGUAAGAAGCACAAGGAUCGCUUUAAUCCUAGUUCUUCCUUUGAGAGCAAACUAUAAUGUAACAUCAGCCUGUGAAGUCUGAUGUGAAAAGAAGGCUGAAAAAUACAUUUUUGAUUCCUAUUCCCAGCUGUAAUGAUCAACUUAAAGAAUUCCAUUUCCGAUAAAUAUAU